UUGAAUGCCACCGAACGAGAGCGAUAACCCGUAUAAAUAAAUCCGAACACACAAACAGGGUCCUCCAGUCCUCCACAGACCGGCCAUGGCGAAUUGGAUCUCCUCCAAGCUCAAGGUUGCCGAGUCCAUCCUCCAACAGAUCGAUCAGCAAGCGGCCGAGUCGCUGGGCAAGGGCGACGGCUCCGCACUCCCCACCGGCGCUGUCCCCGAAGAGAUCUCCCAGAAGGCCGACCAGUCUCGCCCCCUCAAGUACCAACUGCCCAAGAAGGCGUCGCCGCCGUGGCACUCGCCCGGUGUUGCUGCUCAGGUCAGCGCGCCGCCAUCUCCGAGCGUUACCAGGCCGUCCGCGGCGGACGAAGAUUGGACCGAGAUCCUCAGUUCCUCCGAUCCGGUCAACUCGCCUCUCGGCACUACCCUCGGCGGAGGGAGCAGAAAGGCGGCUGCGUUGCCCUCGUCCGUCGACAGGGGUGCUCGUAAGGGAUCUGGUGGUUUCGUGAAGCCUACCGGGAAAGCAGAGGUUGCCGACCGUGGUGAAUCUGUUGCCGAUAAUGCACCUGGAGAUGGGGAUCGGCCCUCCCGCAGGUCUUCUAGCUUGUUGGAUUUGACGAAGGAAUUGUUUAAGCAAGAAUUCCACGGAGGUGCUGGCGAUCAUAGUCCGUCUCGUAGUUCUGAUGCAGAUUCUAAAAUCUUAAAUGUGAAGAAGAGUGCUGAAACUGGUGAUGGUAGUAAUAGUAAGAACAUGGAUGUCAGACCUUCAGGUGCUCAUGUUCAGUCGAGAAGCUCUUCUGAGAGUGCUGAGGAAUCAAGUGAUUCGGUUUCGACAUCAGAUUCAGAUGAGGAAAUAAGGUUGAAGAGGGAAGAGAGGAGGAGAAAGAAAGAACAAAUGCUAGCUGAGAAAAUGGCGGCUGUUGCUGCAGAGGCCAUCAGGGAACGGGAAAAUAUUGUUGCCAGGUUAGAGGGUGAGAAGCAGAGUUUGGAGAAAAUACUUGAGGAGCGCGAGAAAAAACAAGCACAGGAGGCCUCAGAAUUGCAGAUGAGUAUGUUUCAAACUAUGGAAGCAGUUGAAAGAGAGAAGCGGAAGCAUAACAGUACAAUGAUGGAAGCAAUAACUCUGUUGGCUGAGCUUGAGACUGUAAAUGCUGAGCUAGCUACAUCUCUAGCAACAGCUCAAAUAACGCUGGAAAGAGAAGUAACUAAGGUGGGAGAACUUCGUCAACAAGUUGAGCUAAAAGAGGUUGCUAUUGAAGAACACAGAAGGAGCAUCUUGAAGAUUCAACAGAAUUCCCCUUCUCUAGAUGAAGCAGUAUCAUUACAAAAUUCCCAAAUCAAACAAGAAAUUCUUGAUGCUGAAUACUCGUUUGUAUGUGAAAAAUUGUCAAAAUUAAAGGACAAGGCAAAGAUGCUGGAAGAGAAUGUGGAAAUGAUGAGAAGAGGCAUCACACGCCCAACUGAAAUUGAGAUUGAACUUAAGAAGAGGCUCGAACAACUAACUGAUCGAUUGAUACAGAAGCAGUUACAGGUUGAGUCUCUUUCCUCUGAGAAAGCUACAUUGGUGCUUAGGAUCGAGACAGUUUCGAGAUUACUCGACGAAGAUGAACUUCCACUGCAAUCAACUGAUCUCGCACAAAUUUCAGAUGCAACCGGUUCAUUCGAAAUGGCCGACAUCGAGUCUGGAAAAUGGCGUCCGUCUAAUUCAUCUUUUCAACCAGUAAUCAUCCGCGACAAAAUAAGAGCUGGGCAGAGGCAAUUAGGAUCAGUUCUUCGACAAUUGGAUAUCGUAUUCUCCAUCGGCAUGGUAUACCUGAGAAGAAACCAGAAGGCCCAGCUUUUGGCGUUUCUUUAUCUCUUAUGCCUCCAUUUUUGGGUGUUCUUCAUAUUGAAUUCUAGUUCCCAUAUUUCAGACGGCACUAAAUCCGGUGCUGUUUUCUCUCUAGAAACCAUCAAUAACACAUCCAACCCCUGAUGGCCUUUUCCAUGCCACACAUCAUCGUUAUAUGAUGUAUAUCCCAUUUGAUAUGCGGAUAUUGCUUAAACAAAAUCCUUUUAUUUUUUUUCCAUUUUUAAUAUAUUUUUUGUACAUUUGAUGAAUGUAGAGGCAUUUUCGCAGUA